AUGUCCCUCUGGAACCAGCUUAGCGUAUUAUCCCGGGUGAUGCGCCCGUUGGUGUUCGGAAACGUGAAAUCGUUUCACCAGACAGCGGCACUUUGCAAGGUGGAGGACCGCAAGGCAAUGCUUGCCUCGCUGCCCAGCAAAGACGAGGGCACCAUCGGUGAACGUUCAAUCGAUAUUGAUUCCAUGAUAGACAAAAAGACUAGUAUAUUUCCCGAUGCCAACACACCGACCGCACUGUUCAAUGGGGUGCCGUUCAACGAGAUACCGAUUUGUCACAUUCGCGUGUCACCGAACAAUACCAUCAUUUCGAUUACGGAUGCCAAGGGUGUACCGCAAUUCAUCCGGUCGUGCGGCAUCGAAGGCUUCAAAAAUACGCGCAAAGGCACGAACAUAGCAGCGCAGGCAACGGCAAUCAGCAUAAGUACCAGGGCGAUAGAACGUGGCUAUAAAACGGUUCGGGUGACAGUGCGAGGACUCGGACCGGGACGAAUGUCUGCUAUCAAAGGGCUAGAGAUGGCUGGGCUGAACAUAAUUUCGAUUACGGAUACGACACCCGUAUCCUGGAACCCACCACGGCCCAGAAAGCAAAGGAAGCUGUAA